AGGCCCUGCGCGGCGCCUGCGCAUUCGGUGACCUUCCCGGCUCGUUGCUUGUACUGGUUGGAGCAACCUGGGCCGUUGGUCCUCCGACGAGAUGUUUCAGAGCCUCGUGAAAAAUGUCUGGGUCCCCAUGAAGCCCUACUACACCCAGGUUUACCAGGAGAUCUGGGUGGGAAUGGGGCUGAUGAGCCUCAUCAUUUACAAAAUCAGGAGCGCUGAUAAAAGAAGUAAAGCCUUGAAAGGUUCGAGUCCCGCGCCUGCCCACGGGCACCACUAAGCAGCAGGACCCGAGUGUGCAGCGGGCGGAGCGUCACCGGGCUGUGUGUCGGAGCUGUUAGACACGGGCACGCUGCGUUGUGGGAGCUCCACUUCCGUGCUGGCUGAAUAAAUGCACCUGUGAGACA